UUAUUAUUUUUUUUUUAAAGAUACAACAACUUCAGUAGUCAUGUGAGGGUGGUUGAUGUAAACAUUCAUUCAGCUUUUGUUUGCAAUGAGUAAUACAAAGCGGCGUUGUAAUGGAGAAUAAAACGGUAUCGGGUAAUUGGAAUCUAAUAGGCCGGAGCUUCCUGUGAUCUCCUGAAUUGUGAGUCAUACGUUUUUAUCUGUUUCAGGUAGAUUAAAAAAAAAAUCCAAAUGUUAUGAAACACCUCCAUUGUGGAUUCUCAAAGACGGGACUUGGAUUUUCUUGAAACAAAAUAUUUGGGUGAAAAGUCCAACUAAAAACCUCAAAUGCUGAUUUGUAGCAUUUCCAUAAUCGCUCCCAAAAAGUGACCGUUCUUACCACUUUUUACAGCUUGUGAGUAGAAAUAAAGCAAUUAAAUUAACUACCCAAGAAAAUGUUUUCUCCAUUGACGAGAAAAAAAAAAUCUGCUAUGCUCUCCAUGUGGGUUUUAUUUGGUACUCAUCACAAUCAUUUAGCGAUCCGGUCCCCCGCAUUUAUUUUUUUUGGGGGGGGGGGGUCUGAUGUGGGCACAAAGCAAAUCAAUUUUACAUUUUGCUGCCACAUUGAACAUGAAAAUAGAACCUGAAUCCAGUUAAUUGUGUCGCAUCUAAUUUGGCUCGCUCGCGCCUGAAAUUACAGCACGGGGAUCAAAGAGACUGGAAUAACAAGAAGCACAAAAAAUAAAACCCAAUUCCAAUUUGUUUAACCCACUCGGAGAAUGAAACGAAGGCGCGGGCCGAUCAAUGGAAAUUGCGCUUAAAUCCCAACCGUGCAAUUCAAUUGGGUUACGAAAUAACCAAUGGAUGGAUAAAUGAUUCCGUUUGAAUGAGAAGGGCUGGGGGGUGGGGGCGGGUGAGGCAAGCCUCGCUGUAAUUAAUCACAGAGUUGGCAGGGAGCCGCGUGGCCUUUGAGACACUGUGGUCAGGAUGCUGUUUAGUGGCUGCUCAAAUGUGGCUUUGGAGUGAAGGUGUUUAAGGGCAAAAAGGGGGGGGGCGGAGGCCUCCAUCGGCGCAUUCAAAUGAAGUCUGUGACAUCUUGGCCCCUUCGACACCUACCACUCCCCCUUUUUUCUCUCUCUCUCUUUCUCUCUCUAGCGCCACCUCUCUGUCCCCCCCCCCCCUCAGGUGAAGAGCGGCAGGUGUUAAAACCCCCUCUGCCAUCGAGCCACUUUAUUCCGAAUGAAUGCUGCCCCUGUCCACACAUGGAGGGCUUUCUUCUUUUAGUCAUCACACUGGCGGUGGUCCGUUUAGAGGCCUGCGAGGGCCUGCGAGGAGGCCUUGCAGAUCAACUACAGACUUUGAUGAUGUGAACAUGAUCAAAUUCAGAUUGACAUCACAGUGUAGUAGAAUGCAUUUUUUUUUUACCAAUUUGUUUAAGGGAAGGAUUAUCAUACCAAAACAUUUAUCUAUAGAGAAUUUUUGGGGGGGAUAUGAUUCAUUGUAAUAUAGAUUAAUUUAUUGCUUGUGUUUGAUUUUUUUUUAUGUGCGGGAACAGAACUCUGGGAAACAAAAUUCUCAUUCCUGUUUCUCACGAUCCAAUGUGGAGAGCUCACGGAAGUCGAAAGAGUAUGCAUUAAUCCACGUUGUAACACUGGAUUGACUCCACUUUUUUGUUGUUGUUGUUGUUGAUCAAAAAAAAAAAAGACAUGAAUUGUGGGCAAGCUAUUUUUUUUUUCUGCAGCGCAAGUGACAUCGCCCACUAUUGGCCUGGAAUGCAAAUGACAAGGGUUUCAGUCUGAAUAUAACUUCCAAAAAAUUGAUAGUUUUUAAAGGUUGAAAAUGCUCUGAAGACUAAAUGCCCUGCCUUGUAGGGUGGUCGAGGAGGGAGGAGGAGGGGUCUUCAUUAUGUCAUUAGUGUCACGAUUUUUUUAUUUCACAACUUCCCCACAAUCUGUUGUGCGAGCGGCUCCAGUUUGUGGAUACUGUAAUCGUGGGAAAAAUAAUGACAGUUAUCAGUCGCACCCACCAAGUGCCCAUAAAAAUCUGUCCUGUUGUUCUGGAAGAUGAUAAUUAUCGGUUGUACUGUCAUUAUCAUUGUUGAUGGAGCAAGUCUUGAAGCAUUUUUUCCCCCCCUAAAGUAAUAAUCCCAGAGAAAUCACUUCAAAUUGGCCUAUUUUAGGGAGAGGGAGUGGGCAGCAAGGGGAGCAAUUUUGGUUAUAUUUCAGAGAAUCUUCAAGUUCAGGCAGCACACUGGCAUCUGUGCACAUCAGGUUCGCACUGGCGUUUGCAACUUGCCGGUGUUUUAUUUCAAUGCAAUGAUGUAACUGGGCUGCUAAUGACAGCGAGGGAAUUUAAAUGGAUUUGAUGAGUUAUUCAGGUGGGGAUGGAGGCACCGGGCUGCGGGUGCAUCAGCUCCGUGCAGCCUGCGCCACAAGCCCGGAAUGAAAAGCUCGUCCCGGAUACUUUUUUUCCCGUCUCUUCGCAUGCAAACAAACGCAGACAGCAUGUGUGGUUUCACCUCCAGCUUCUUCUGAGAUCCUCAGUUGCUCGGAGGCAGCCCGCCAAUGGGCUCGCCUCUCGGAUCCAGCGGACCAAUCAGCGGCCCCCUCGGAUGAAUAUUCAUGAGUGCCAGAUUCAAAUCUUUGGGGGAGUUUAUCUCGGUCCGCAGCAUCAUACCUAGGACUUUUCACGGGAACAAACUGCAUUUUCUUAUGAAUGGAAGUGGAAAAAAGUGGUUCGACUUAAAUUGGGAGCACUCCCGGUCUGGACUCAAACAACAAAACCAGGAGGAGGACGGGAGCCGCCGGAAGAGAUGACAAUGACCGCGAUCCCAGAAAGUCUGAACAGUCCCGCCUCAGGAAAAAGCGUUUUCAUGGAGUUCGGGCCCGCCAGUCAGCAAAUGUCUCCGUCCUCCAUGUCCCACGGACACUACCCCGUGCACUGUUUACAUUCCGCAGGCCACGGACAGCACGACAGCUACACCCCGGCCCCGAACUUCCCCCGAACCCUGGCCUACCCUUACAUCAAUUCGGUGGGAAGCCACUCCAACAGCCCGUACCUCAGCUCGGUCCAAACGUACCAGAACAGCUCGGCUCUGCCUCAGACACGAUUAGAGGACGCAGCACCAGAAACGGCAAAGAACGCGGUGGUGGAGGGAGGAGAGGUGCGCUUCAACGGCAAAGGGAAAAAGAUCCGCAAACCCAGGACCAUCUACUCCAGUUUACAACUUCAAGCUCUAAAUCGGAGAUUCCAGCAAACGCAAUAUUUGGCCUUACCGGAGAGAGCCGAGCUCGCAGCCUCUCUGGGGCUCACCCAGACACAGGUGAAAAUCUGGUUCCAGAAUAAGAGAUCCAAAUUUAAGAAACUGAUGAAGCAAGGCGGUGGCACGAUUGACACGAACGCGCUGGCCACAGGCCGCGGACUCUCCAGCGGUUCUCCCACGGGGGCGCCCGCCUGGAGCACUCCGACCGGGGUGAAGACGUCAGUGGGCGCCGCCACGGGUUCCUACAUCCCGGCCUACACGUCGUGGUACGCCGGCACGCACCAGGAGUCUAUGCAACAGUCCUCCCAGCUCAUGUGAACUCAUUUCGGGCACAUUUUACGCACGUCACCGCGCUUGGACCCGGAGACAGAGAGCGUGGGCGUUUGCCCCCCCCCCCCCCCCAAAAAAUCCACCUCCACAGCGAGCGCUUCAUUCCGGAACCAGAAGAAGAUGACGCUGAGAAAUUUGAAAGAGGGGCUGACGUCCCCGCAUGAGUUGAAAUCUUUCACAAGCGCUUCUUCUCCCCUACCCUACCACCCCCCCCCUCCAUUUUCUGGCUGCUCUUUGUAAUUUAAACAAAAACUAUUUGAAGGAUGUCAUUGUUUACUCGUUGCUGAUGACGACAUCACUUUUCAUUCACGACAAGGCCAAUCAUGAGUCUUUCUUGAACCAAAUGAUAUCGAUAAUGUUUGAUCCACCCGUUCCCAUUCCAAAACAUAUUGUACAAACUCAAAUAGUCGCGUAUGUGUUUAUUAUUUAAAUUAAAUUAUUGGGAUUAUUUGACGUCUAUAUUGAGGCCAGUCGUUACGUUCAUUUGUGUGUUUAAAUUUCAGACAACCAUGCGUUGUUGACGCUGCACUAACGCGAGCAAAAGCUUUUUUUUUUCUACGCUCACAAAUUAUGUGAAGAAAGAAAUAUUCACCUGACAAGCAUUUUAUUUGUCACGGCAUUUUGUAGAUACGUUAAAAAAAUGUUUUGUGCUCUACUGGCUGUGAAAGGUUUUUAGGCUUGCUGUAUUCGUCUACAUGUGUUUUAGUCCCCAUAGGAAAAAAAAUCUAGUUUUGUAUCGAUCUCUUUAAUUUAUUGCCUCUAUGUACAUAUGUGCACAUUUUCACAAAGCAGUAAAAAGAUUUAACUUAUGUGAAAAACUUUGAGUGCAUGUGUGUGUUGCACUGAUUCAUGGGAAGCGACACAAAGCCUCGUGCACAUGACAACACUUUCUGCACACACACACCAAAAAAUAGCCCGAAAAAAUGAUUUAUGAUGAUUUUUGGCUCGCAGCUAUUUUGUGUCGCUGUUGUUGCUGCUGCAGAUGUUGUUGUCAAGAAACGGACGGGGGAGGAUGAGGGGAUUAUUUUGGGGAUUUUCCACGCGAAUUCUGGAUUAAUAUCGCAAUCGGUUUUCUUUUCAGUUUUUUCUUCAAGUAAAUCGAGCAACAACAACAACAACAACAGCGACAAAAAAAUUAAGGGCAAUGAUGCGAGCUUUAUGGAAUAAGAGACGACGAGGAGCAAAGGCCACAAGGAAGGACCCCCCCCCCCUCCCAAACUGAGAUUUGUGGGGUCCAUGAAUGAAAUGAUCAUUUUUGUCAUCUUUAUUUGUCGUCCAAUAUUUGUCGAGCCGCACGCGAAGCAGGCUAGCAGUUAGUAACAAGCAGAAUCAUUCAUAAUCAUGAUAUAUAUUCACAAGUCAUUUCCAUCUAUUGCCAUAUAUAUUGAAACACAAAAAGACGCCCCGCCCUCCACGGCCCAUCUUAAUUUAAGAUUGGAUGAUAAAUGAUUUACAACCCAAAAUAUAUCAACUUCCAUGUGAGAAUAACACCACCAACACCUUAUGUCAUAGAUAAAAUUAAUCUGAAUGUCUUACUUACACGAAUCCAUGACAACCACGACAAAAAAAUUAAAAUGAUUCUUACCUAAUCAUUAUUUUUGUUAUUCCGGAUAGAUUUAUCGACAGCGAGCGAUCCAUUAAAAUUAGUCAUUUCAUCGUUUGUACUUCAACACUACAUACGAUAAUUCUGCAUUAUUAUUGUAUCUUUUUUUUACAUCAAAUUAUCUGUCCUAGUACAGUUUAGGACGUUCAUCAAAUUGACACAAAAAUGAUCAACAUUCCAAUUGUGUGUGCUGGAUGCAUGUCGCCUCCAUUUACAUUAACUCGAAUAAAUGAAACACACUGAGAAAAAAAAUGGCAAUAAGGCAUAAUUCGAUAACAUGUAUUGAAAUAAAACCGCAUGGC